AUGACAUCGCGUCAAAAGUCGGAGCACAGCAUUUGGUCAAAUAAGCCCCCUCUCACACCUCCUAUUCAGGUCGCUGGCACGCGUCUCCACGCUCCCUGGUUCCCAUCGUACCUUCUGACCUACGCCACCGCCCAUUCUGCCAUCAUCAUCUCCCCCGACUACCGCCUAUUGCCGGAGGCCAGUGGGAAAGACAUCCUUUCGGACAUCUCCUCUCUUUGGUCAUGGCUUUUGACGUCUCUGCACGCGUACGUCGUGCUACGAGACCCACUCAACACGUCCUGCGGCGUCGAUCUCGGGAAGAUCUUGGUCACCGGCGAAAGCGCGGGGGGCUGGCUGGCCAUCCAAUCCGCGCUCAUGCACCCCAGCCGCAUUAAGACCAUCCUAAGCAUAUUCCCCAUGGCCGACCUCGGCGACGACCACUUCACGCGCGGCGGCCGCCGCUCCGACGGCGAGGGACGCAGCACUUACUCCAAAAGCGCUGAUCAACGCAGCAGCCAGAAGUCCCUUCCGGUGAGGGAGUGCGCACCAGCAGUGGGGGAACCCGGCGGGUCCCGUGCCUCCAAGGCCGGCAUCAUGGGACUCGGCUUCCUCCUCGACCCCUGCAUCAUCGACGAGCACGUCGCGGCCGCCCGCGACAGCAGGAACAGCAACUCGCGCCGUGCCGCCGUCCUCAGCAGCGUCACACCGCCAGCACGGAUGGAGCUGUCGCUCGCCCUGUUCCAGCACGGGCGGCUGGGCGAGCUGCUGGGCGACGAGCGAGAACUCUAUCCUCUGGAGGUGCUCGAGGACCUGCGGCGACGCGGGGCCGGCGGCGCACGCCUGCCACCGCUUUGCAUCAUCCACGGCACCGAUGACACAGUGGUGCCGGUGCAGGGGAGCAAACGUCUCGCCCGCUCGUGGGAGAAGACGUGGCAGCAGCAGCUGGCCGGUGGCGAGACCCGCGACAGGAAAUGCGACGAUGCUGUCAAGCUCGUUCUGAGGCCCGGUGAGCAUGGUUUCGAGGCCAAGGCGAGCGCAGAGAAAGAUGGCUGGCUCAGGGACGCGCUGGGCUGGGUGGCGGACAGGUGGUUGAAUUAG